UAUCUUUUUGCGUWGGGCUUUCUGUGGUGAAUCUGCGAUACCAGACCAGUGGAUACCCAUUUAUAAUCACAUUCAAAAUGGCUGCUGUCAUGUUUGCGAGACUAGAAACAGUCCUCCAGAGAAGCAGAACUCUUCAAAGUUACUUUGGAUGUUGUAGUCAAAUAUAUUAUAAUGCUGCUGCUAAUACUUCAAGACCUCAAAGCACUUGUAGUGCAUCGAUAACCAGACUAAAAAAAUCCACAUACCCAAGAAUGUAUAAAGUAAGACUUGUCCAGCCUGAUGGCUCAUCAUACACCAUAAGAUACCAUGAGCCUCUCAAACUGAUAAGACUGCCAGUUGAUCCAUCAACAUUGACAGAAGAGGAAAGAAAAGAAAGAUUGCGCAGACUAAAGCCUGAGAAACCAAAGAAAAUUUACCAAAUUGAAGAUGAUGAUGGAGACUUUGAUCAAAGAUCGUGGACAAACUUGAUUAAAAAGAAUUCAUAAAGGCAUGGUAAAAUUUAGCAUCCUACGCAGACGUUGUUAGUGUCUGUCACACAACGUUUCCCUAAUGUUGYGUGACAGACACUAAGAAUGUCUGCAUAGGAGGCUAGGUAAAAUUUUUAACCCAUUGAAUGGAGAGCAUAUGUUUCAAUACUAUUUCUUGGUAUCACUAGACAUCAUUAGCCUUCUAUUAUGCAAUUUUCAUCAACUGAAUCACAAGUUUUCAAURGAAUUCUUUCUGGCUAACAGUCAUUGUGGUAAGUGUUUGCCCACCAUUUGGAGCAGAUAAUAAAAUCCAAAGACUUUUAUUAGCCGAUUAAAACCCAGCAAAACUGGAACCAUUCACUUAGUUUGAAUGUCAUGUUAACAACUAUAAUAUUUGAUAUUCAAUGUUUCUAGUUGAGGAGAAGGAAUUAUCAAAUGAAUAAGAAUAAAGUAAGAAGAGUACAAAGGCAAGCAAAGGAUAGUGAAUCCAGAAACACAUAAAAGAUUUGCAGAAAACAAAA